GCUAGUCAAUAUGGCCGUGGAACGAAAAUUAUAAUAUUUCCCAUAAUUACUAAACGCAACAAUCAGUUAAAGAAUUACUGACUUUCUUGCUUUCAUUUUUCUGUGAGGUAAAGUGUUUAAAGGAGUACUAAAACGAUUGUUCCUGCAUUAUACAGAAAGUAUUAGCUUAGCUGCAGAAUGAGCAACAUUUACAUCCAAGAGCCUCCAACAAGUGGAAAGGUCCUGUUGAAGACCACAGCCGGGGAGAUUGAUAUCGAGCUGUGGUCCAAAGAGGCCCCUAAAGCAUGCAGGAACUUUGUCCAGCUGUCCAUGGAAGGUUACUAUGAUGGGACCAUUUUCCACAGAGUGGUUCAGGAUUUCAUCAUUCAAGGGGGGGAUCCUACAGGAACAGGAACAGGUGGAGAGUCCAUUUACGGCCGUCCAUUUAAGGAUGAGUUCCACUCCAGGCUGCGCUUUCUUCGGAGGGGUUUGGUCGCCAUGGCGAACGCUGGGCCACACGAUAAUGGCAGUCAGUUUUUCUUCACACUGGGGCGCGCAGAUGAGCUCAAUAACAAGCACACAAUAUUUGGCAAGGUCACUGGAGACACGGUUUACAACAUGCUCCGAUUAGCGGAAGUCGAAUGCGAUGUAAAUGAAAGGCCGCUGAAGCCGCACAAGAUAAGAACAGCUGAGGUGUUACAUUCUCCUUUUGAUGACAUCAUACCUCGGGAAACAAAAAAAUCCAAAAAGGAAAAGGAUAAAGAGGAAGCGAAGAAAUCCCAGUCCAAAGCCACAAAGAACUUCAAUCUUUUAUCGUUUGGAGAAGAAGCCGAGGAGGAUGAGGAGAUGGUGACUCAAGUUAGCCAGACACUAAAGGGAAAGAGCAAAAGUAGCCACGACCUUCUGAAAGAUGAUCCCAGACUGAGCUCUGUUCCAGCUGUUGAUAAGGGAAAGAAGAAAGCGAGACCUGGGAGUGCAGCUAGUUCAGGCAGUGAGGCAGAAGGUGCUGCUGAUGAUGACGAGGAUGGCGAUGAAGAAUAUGACUCUGAUGAGAAAGAGAAGAUGAGAGAGCUCAUCAGUAAGAAGCUUAAGAAGGAGAAAGGUGCAGAGAAAGCCAACGAGCCCAACCAGGAGGAGUGGGGGAAGAAGAGCAGCCGCAGCGAUGAACUAAAGAAGGAGGUCCGGCAGCUGAAGAAGGAACUACAAGCCAUAAAGCAAAGAAGAGAAGAGCGUUCAAACCCCCCUGCAGAAGAAGUCAAGGAGGAGAAAAAGCCAACCAGCGAGGCCGUUGCUGAGUACCUGGAGGGAAGAAAGAAGUAUGAAGAGCUCAGGAAACAAAAACGGAAAAAAGGUUCCAACAGAGAGGAACAGACAAUGGCCCUACUCAACAACUUCAAGUCCAAGCUGUCAUCAGCGAUCACUGAGGGUACGGAGGAGGAUAUGCAGGAGCUGGCAGAGGAUGAUGACAAAGGAUGGAUGGGCCAUGUCCUUCACACUGACGAGCAAAGCAGCAAAGUCAAGGAUGCCAACAUGCAGGAUGAGGAUACAUUCGAGAUCUACGAUCCCCGCAAUCCCGUAAACAAGCGCAGGAGAGAGGAGAGCAAGAAGAUCAUGAAGGAGAAGAAUGCCAAAAGGUGAAAUCCUGAGGUCAGAGGUCGGGUCCUGCCAGGGUCGUGUGACUACAAAUGGGUCACGCAGCAUCCUGCCUGGCCUCUUUCCCAUCGCUUCGGAACGACUUUGCUAAACAAUCUCUUACGUUGAACAUCUGGGUUGAGGGUGCCGAGCUUAGCUUAUCUGUGAUUGAACAGCUGUUAUGGACAAUGCUCAGUUACUCACCAGAAGUAACACGCUGCAAUCAUUAGAAGUAGAUGAUUACAAGAAAUACUGUUCACUUCUGACUCUAUGUUUAGUUUGGCUACGCUGUAGGAAAAACUCUGUAAACAUUUCCAGAAAGAAAAUAAACCACAUUUAUGAGCA